AGGGAGAUCGUGACGGGUCUUAAGUAUCAGCAGAAGAUCCUCAGACACGGCAUCCAAGUGGAGAAGAUGUUGCAAAUGGUGGGCAGUUAUGCGCCCAAAACGGAGGUCCAGUCGUACACGAGUCCCAUGGAGGAGAUGCCGACGGGGCUGCUGGCGAGGGGCACGUAUAACGUGAAGUCCCUGUUCACCGACGAUGACAAUCACCAGUGGCUCAAAUGGGACUGGAAUUUCGAGCUCAAGAAGGACUGGUAG